UUUGUAGCAAGGUCUGACACAUCCAGACUGACACAGCAACUCGUGCUGAGUUGGAGUGAAGUAAUUGACGGGUAGCAAGACCGUCGGCUUGUGACCUAUUUCCACCGCUCGCCUCAUCGCCUCCUCGCUUGACUAGCGGGACGGACGGACACAACCACCGCUGUUGCCUCAGCCACGCUGAACACGGACUUGUAUCGUACACACGUGAAGUCAGGCAGUCGCUUUAAGCACUACUGGAAUACGAAAGUUGUUCCUAUUCUGCGGAUUGGAGUAUGCGUCGAGGCGACAGGAGCAAACCUAAGGGAGCGGUAUUAGCAAUACAAGCUUUACUCAAAGAUCUGUGCAAGCUCCAACGGUUUUAUACAUGCACAGUUGGGUCGCGGAGGAACGGUCACAACAAAGCCAUCGCAAAGACCACAAAUAUGAAUUCCCAAACACAGAAGACCGAGCCAGACCCGGACUGUAUAAAAAUGUUCGUGGGUCAGAUUCCUCGGUCAAUGGACGAAAAUGACCUCCGAGAACUGUUUGAGGAGUAUGGUCCAGUCUUUCAGCUCAAUGUGCUAAGGGAUAAAGCAACAGGUCAAAGCAAAGGAUGCUGUUUUGUGACAUUCUAUACCAGAAAAGCUGCUCUGGCUGCCCAAAAUGCCUUACACAAUAUCAAAACAAUGCAUGGGAUGCAUCAUCCUAUACAGAUGAAACCAGCCGACAGUGAGAAAAGAAACGUAGAAGAACGAAAACUUUUUGUGGGGAUGGUGUCUAAAAAAUUAAGUGAAAAUGAUAUACGGAUGAUGUUUGCUCCCUUUGGUACGAUAGAGGAUUGUACAGUGUUACGAGAUGCAAAUGGUGCUAGUCGAGGUUGUGCAUUUGUUACAUAUGCCAAUCGCCACAGUGCACAGAAUGCUAUCAAGAGCAUGCAUCACUCACAGACUAUGGAGGGUUGUUCCUCACCGAUCGUUGUUAAGUUUGCUGAUACACAGAAAGAAAAAGAGGCCAAGAAAAUGCAGCAGAUGACAACAAAUUUGUGGAACCUGUCACUUGGGGGAUUGGGCGCACUGGGGCCUCAGUAUUUAGCUUUACUACAACAAGCAGCUGCAGCAGGGAACUUGGGGAUGUUGAAUAACCUUGGCAACAUGGAGCAUUGUAACUCCGGCAUCAACAACCUGGGAGUUCAGCAGCUCGUGGCCGCAGCAGCAGCAGCCGCAGCGGGCAAUAACCCAGGAUUGCUGGCAGCACUGGCAAGCCUAAGUACAGGCAGUGGCUCCAUGUCAAGUAACAACAACUGUAGCCCCAUGCAGACUAGCACAACCUCAAAUUCAAACAACAGUUCCUCAGUAGAAGCCCAAAAUAAUGUCCAUUUACAGAACUUGCAUGGUAUUGCUGCCCUUGCAAGCUUAGCGAACAACCCAGGCACACUUAACACUCUGGGUGUACAGAACGUAGCAACAUUAAACCAGUUGGCGGCAGCAAGUAACAGCACGCCCAUGUCCACGGGGAACAGCAUUUACAAUGGCAGCAUGUCUGGCGCAACAACAACCAGCGCUGCCUUGGGUGGCAUGGGUAUUCCUAGCCUGUCAGCCAGCAACAUGUCUGGUAUCUCGGCCCUCACACAGGGCGUCAACGGUGGCAUGAAUGGCCUAGGUUCCACCUCCAACCCCCAGGGCAUUGACGCCUUGAGCCAAGCCUACACUGGUAUCCAGCAAUACGCAGGUUUGUCAGGUUUAAUCACUCAAGGUAAAGCAUCUUUCCCCAACGCUUUCAGCAGUCCAACUGCAGCAGCCCAGCUUCAGCAAGCUGCAGCCUCACCCGCAGGGAAGCAGACUGAAGGAACAGAGUGGGGACUUUACACUGCUAGUGCAGGGGAAGAUCACAGCAGUAGCUUUCAAGGGAAGGCCUUGUAUCAGCUUUGUGGACUUUACACCAAAAAUUACGCUUCGGUUUCAGGCCCAGAAGGAGCCAACCUCUUCAUCUAUCAUCUCCCACAAGAAUUCAGUGACCAUGAUUUAAUGCAGAUGUUUGUGCCGUUUGGAAAUGUGAUCUCAGCUAAAGUUUUCAUUGACAAACAAACAAACCUCAGCAAGUGCUUCGGUUUUGUGAGCUACGACAACCCCAUGUCAGCACAAGCAGCAAUACAGGCCAUGAACGGGUUCCAGAUCGGCAUGAAACGCCUCAAAGUCCAGUUAAAGCGUCCAAAAAACGACAGCAAGCCCUACUAGCUAGCUGAUUGUUAGCACGAUGACCGUGCCGUGCGUCGUGGCGUGUUACCCAUGUUGCCGUGCUGUCCUUCAUGUCUCCUCAAACAAAUGAGUUUGCCUGUCACGUAAAUAGCUGUUGUCACUGUAGCCCGCUAGCUUCCUCCAACAUCAACGAUUGGUUGAUUCUCUCGCCCGACCGACCGACUGACCCUGACCUGGGGUCAAGGUUAAUCCUUCCUAAGCAAUGUGAUCAGCAUGGGUCUGGGCUACAGACUGCUGAAAGUGAUAAAUAACUGUGGUUGGGCGAGAGAGGGAGAUGUGGUUUGUUUUAUUCAAGUUCUCGUCCAAGGUGUACAUGUUUCUGUAUUGGGGUACCAUUGUUGGGCGACAUGAUAGAGAUGGUGGCACUGCCUGCAAGACGACCGCGGAAAUGUGUUCAGUGAUUCAAGCGAUAUCACCCAUCAUUUUGGUGAAGGAAUUGUAUUUGAUUUUAAUUUUGUUCUUUUAUGCUUAUUAAGACUGCAGGGAUUACUUGUAUCAAGUUAAAGGUAGUACAACAUUCAGCCUUAAUCGCGCUAUAGCCAGUUCUGAAAAUGAUCUGUGUCCACAUAUAUUGAAUUGAAUAUCCAAAGAAUGCAUAUUGGAUAGAGAUUUCAGAUAUACAGUUUAGAUGCUUUGUUUGCUUGCAUUUAGCCCAGAGGAAGUUUCAUACCAAUUGUUUCCAUUAAUAUUCCAUAAGCCUGUCUUGCCAUUGUAUUUGUUUCAAGCAACUAUGGAAUCCUUACAGUAUUACUGUCUCCUCAAAAUUUACACUUUAUCUUACUAAUCCCCAAACUUACACACUUUGCCGAUCAUAUAUACACAUUAGUUACUACAGGAGAACAACCAGAACAGGACUCAUAUUGAAUGAAGCCAAGAUGGGACAAUGUUCCAUGGCUAUAUGUGUGUGUCAGAAGCCUAUCCCUGCAGUCUUAUGAUCCACCAUGAAUUGUUAUGCUAGACCUAGGCCUCUGAGCCCGUAGUAAGGGUAGUUGACUGCUAUGUGGAUUCUUGCUACUCCAGGCCUUACGCUCUGUACCCAGAUACAUGGAAACUGUUUCAAUGUAGUUCAUUUUAUUUUCAAUUUAUAUUUUAACAUGUUUACUAUACCAAAGGGAUCAUUGUUUCUAAUUCAUGUUGUUUCAUGCUGUGUUUCAUUUCCAUGGUGGUUUGGAGUCUUCGAUAUUCAAGCUCCAUUUUAGUUAAUGUCUCUUCAUGACAAUGUGGAGAAUGUUUGCAUUUAAUAUUAUUUGUCUCAUGUACAUACGCAUUAGUAGGUGGGAAAUGAACCUGAGAACAUAUUCUUGAAGUAUUUAUUACAAGGAGAGAUUGUCAUCAUGUUACUAUACGUAUUCAGAAGCUUGUAUCCUAUAAUACCAUGAAACAGGAAGGGGCUCGUCUCACAGAAACCUGCUUGAUUACGUAUGUCAAUAAUUUGUACAACCAUAAAACAUUCAGAUUGAUAUAACAAAGGCCCUUUGUUUAAUAUAUUUAAAACAUGUUCAAAUUUCUUGCUGUUUCAUGGUCGAAGCAUUGGGCUAAAAUACCAGUACUUGUAUGAAUUAAAAAAUAAUUCUUUGCAGAUUGUAUUAUCCUGUAUAGUAUGUGAACAAGACCCUUCCUGUGUCUGUCAAUUCCCUGCUGCAAAGGUACCCCAUUAUUUAGUAAAUGCAAGAGUUAGACCUUCUUGACUUGGUCGUCUAACAACAAAUGCUGCCUUAUAUUGUGAAGGAGAGGAACAUUUUAGACAUGUAAUGUACUUCAGUUCUUUCUCAACAAAGUGAUAACUUGUUUGCAGUGUUCGUUCUUUUUUUUAAAUGAAAAGUUGUUGAUGUUGAUCGAGUUUUCUUGUUACAAUGUGUGAAAAUCAAAAAUUAAUCUCAUUUAAAUGUUGUGGAGUUUUCCCUUUAAGUGAAAGUUUGUUUUUGAGGACUGUAUUUACUGGUGUUGAGUGAGUCGUUUGAAAUCAUAUGCUGAGUAGAUUGGUGUGUCUCGUUAUCUGCUCGUUGAGGCAAAAUAGCCUUGAACCUUAGACAGUAGCUUGGGGGCGUCCAUAUAACUCUUGAACUUGUAGACAUUAUACAUUUUCAACUUUUGUAAACAUCUAUUCAUAUUUAUGUCAGUUUUUUUAAAAUGUAGAUGUGGCACAUAUGUCGCCGAAAUACUUGAUUGUUUGUGUUGAAAAUUUAAGACUUGUUAACAUAUCAGUUGUGUUUAAAAUAUUUUAUAGAAGUAUUUUUCAUUACAAUGCUGUCUCAUUGCUUCAUUUCCAGAAUCAAAAGUACUAAAUCAUGCAUUGCAAGACGAAUUAAGAUGUAAAUGUCAAAUUUUGUUCACCACUUCCAUUUUGUGUGCACUGUUGAAUAUGACCAAGUGUGACCAGCCGAGAAAACUGAUGUAAACCCAAGUGAAUGUUCUAUGUAAGCAGCAGACAAUCAGAGGGUCAGGCUAGGUCAGAGACAUCGUCGGUAGGAAUAUAUCCAAAUUACUUUAGUGGUAUCUAGUCAUAAGCUGACCCAAAAAGCGAUCUUUAUGGAAAGAGUGAUAUUUAUUAUGUUGAUGUUUUGUUAACUUGAUUAAAGUCAUACUUUGCAAACUUGAGUGUUCAUCCUUUUGAGCCAAUCAAAGAUUAAUGCAUGGUUUAUGUGUAAGUUCUGUAAAAAUACCUCACAGUGUCCUUCCUUCUGUAGCUUUAAACUAUUUCCCCGAACUUACAGGCUGUUCUUGUUGUGUUUCUGAAGGUUACAACGGUAGUACAGUUUCUGUUUCAUAAUGGGACUCUGUUAUAUAUACUACUUCCAAAAGUCCAGGAUGCCCCGAUUCUUUCAUAUCACUAUAGUUAUUCUGUCAUGGCAUGACAGGUUCGUUAUUGUAAUAUGAAGAAAUUGGAUGGUCCUAACUUUUUGUGUAGUAUACAUUGGUCUUGUUUAGUCACAUACUUGCACACGAGUUAAUGUUCUCUAUAGCUGCUUGCCUUGCAUGCUACAUAGUUGAACCAAAGAGUAGACUUAGCUUUCUGCAUAGUACCAUAGUUUUACUGCAUAUGUUUUAACUGUAGAUACUUACUGCAUAGUUAGACCAUAUCAAAAUUUUACCAUGUCUCCAAUUAUUGUGGAUAACUUUAUAUGUGUAUUUGAGAUUGGAAACUUACGACUUACUUGAACUAGUGAUGUGUCAUGUUUGUACAUGUGUUUGAUUUGUUUACAAGAUAGUUUUUUUUUAAAACACAAGACAUGCUGCACGAGUGAUUCUGGAAGUAUUUUUUAUUACAGUUGUAUGUUCUGGUUGUGAUCCCAAUAGUUAAUACCUUUGUCAGUAAUGAGUAAUGUUUGCAAUUAUUUUAUUUGUUACAACAGCUCACAAUCAUAUGCUUAAAAUCAUUUUAGGUUCCACAGAUUUGUCACAGUCAGCCAAUUUGGAAAAUAGUUUGCUAUAUCGUAUGUCCCUUUGAAGUUGCUCCUGCAAGUUUGGAUGUAGGAUAGGGAUGUAUCAGGUGUGGUAUAAUCAUCCAAUUUACUGAGAAUUAGAAAGGUGUGGCUUUGUAGUGCAAUGUUCUUAAGAUUUGACUAAGAUAUUAUCCGUGGUUUGGUAUUCUCGGUCUCCCAAUAUGAUACGAUGGUACUGCUGCAUGAUUGCUCAGUGUGGUGUAAAAUUCACAGUUCACGCCUAUGAGAAUUCUAUUUUACCGAACAAUAUUGACCUGGCUUAUCAAAUGCAUGUGAAUUUUGAAUUUUCAAUUAUAUUAAUCCUUCAAAAACAAAACAUCCAUGUCAAUCCCCAAGAUCUGUUUGUCUGACUGUGACAAGUCUUGAUCCCCGGAGUUGAUUGGACCCCCCUGCCAAUUUGCUGUCGGCACAAACUCAGGACUAUGUGUUCUCUGUCCAUGUUGUUCCACUCGGGCACGUCUUGCUUUAAAAGCAACACAAUUUAUUACUGGGUACCCAUUUUUAACGCACCAAGCCUAACCUGUUACUUUGCAGUCUCGUUUAGUUCCACAGCUGUUAAACAGUAUUGAGUCUUUCCUGUUCAGAGUAUGUUGGAUAUAAACGUUUGUUACAAAAUCUUCAUACCUCAGGUUCGUUGAAUGUGUGUACAUUUGGUGAUCGACCCAAAUCAGUAUAUAUCUUGUAUUAUGGUCAUGGCAAUGCGCUGUGGAUCAGCGAGAUGUGAUUCCUUGGGGGAUAUCAAAACUAUGUGUCUGUCUAGCUGAUAUUCGGUUCCUACCCCUAUCAGUAUUUUGCAUUUAUUUAUCAAUCAAAAUCAAAGCAUUCAACUAGCAUUACAAGUGCUUCAUGUUGCGUUUUCGUCACACUGUAUCUAUUAAAUGACCAAAUGAGGAGGAAAAUCAAAAGGUAUGAUUGAGUAUAUUAUGUGUAUUUCUACUGUCAAUGAUAUUGUCAAUUCUUACUUGCUGGUCACAGUUUACCAUGGGAUUGGUAGUAUAAUUGUGUUCACAAAACUGUCAGCACAAGGUGGUGGCAAGAGGAGACUGUUCAAUUGGAGCUUUGCCAGACGUUCGGAAUUUGGUGAAAGACGUUCAAAGUGUUGUGAAUAUUAUAUCCCUUUCAACUGAACUCUUAAAGUAGAGCAUUAUUGGGACAGUACAGUCCUUGAUUCUGGCUACCUUUGUUUGAGUGCUUCAUUUGAACAGUUAACUCCUUGUCACCAACUUGUGAAGCAGAUGUGCAGGAUAAUUGAGGGUCCUGCUAUUUUCUUGCCUUACUCAGUACUUGACAACAUAUCUAGUCAGACGAGACCUAAAACCUAUAGUAGACUAGAAACAGCAUCUGUAUAUUGGCUGCCAUGUCCUUCCCUAGCCGUUACAUAUAGAUGGACUUGACAUUUCAUUUAAUUGGGCUGCAGUAGAUCCGAGACGUGUCGCUUUGACAACAACAGGGUAUAGGGGAGAAAUACAUGUAAAUGUAUAUUUGUAUUCAUAUGAACUUGAUUAUAAUCAAAAUUGUGAUAUUUUUCACCUCUUUUCUUCAUGCUCAUUUUUGUCAAUUCAUGAAUGCUAGAAUUGCACCCUCAGUAUUUCAUAUUUCUCCGUGGGAAUUUGCAUCGGUGAUGUGUUUAUCAGUCUCCAUGCUUGUAUGGUUGUGAGAUGAUGCCCUGAAUCUGGACCUGGAGCUCUGACAAGAGGGAGCCCAGGGAAACAGUUCCCCACAUCUGCUGCAGCCCAGUUGCCAGAUCACAGUAGUUGGUAUAGAGGUUUGUUAACCAGGUAACUCAGCAUGUAGAUAUCGGCCCGCCUGCCUGCCACCACUGGACUCGACUGACGGAAAGCAGAUUUUACUUAUUUUAUUGUCCUAACUUUGAUGUGUCUCCCUGUGGCCACAGUGUGUGGUUUCUAUCUUGUAUUAGUUCGCAUUGUGAUGUGGUUUGGCAAUGUACAGAAUGAGAAAGGUAUUAAACUUUAUUGAUAUAAAA